AAUUAAAACAAAGACGUGCUCACAUCUCAUCUCACUCCCUCACCAGCUCACUUCACUCUUCUCUUUCUCUUUUUUUUUUUUAUAAUCACCUCUCUCAAUCAUCAUUUUGAUCAAAAGAUCAUCACACCACCAUAUGGCUCUCGACACUCUCAAUUCUCCCACCUCCACCACCACCACAGCACCACCUCCCCCUCCGCCUUUCCUCCGCUGCCUCGACCAAACCGAGCCAGAGAAUCUUGAAUCAUGGACCAAAAGAAAACGCACGAAACGUCACCGUAUAGAUCAACCUAACCCUCCUUCCGAAGAAGAGUACCUCGCUCUCUGCCUCCUCAUGCUCGCUCGUGGCUCCUCCGAUCAUCAUCACUCUCCUCCUCCACCGUCCGAUCAUCAAAAAGAUUACAAGUGCUCCGUCUGCGGCAAAUCUUUCCCGUCGUACCAAGCGUUAGGCGGACACAAGACCAGUCAUCGGAAACCGGUUAGUAAUAAUAAUAACAACAACAACAACGACGACGGUGAAAACACUAACGGCUCCGUUACUAAUAACGGAAAUAUUAAUAUUAGUAGUAACGGUUUAGUUGGUCAAAGUGGGAAGACUCAUAACUGCUCUAUAUGUUUUAAGUCGUUCCCGUCUGGUCAAGCAUUGGGUGGUCACAAGAGGUGUCACUACGACGGUGGUGUUGGUAACACUAGUAACAUGAUCACUAGCCACGGGUUUGACCUAAACUUACCGGCUGAUCAAGUUACCGAUGAGACCAUUGGGAAAAGUCAACUCUCCGACCAAGAAACAAAGUCGGUGUUGUGAUUAUUAUUAUUAUUAUUACCGAUCGGGCUUAGCUAGCUAGUGAUCGAUCAUUAGCUGAGUCUUGUGUAAUGAAAAUGAUUGGAGUGGACUUUUUGAUUAUUUUAAAUUUCUGUGUUUACGUAUACGGAAAGAUUAAAAAUCUUCAAAUUUU